GACCCGCGAGGUGUCAGUCGCCUGUCGAUCGUUACCUAACAUACAGAUAAAAUAUUUUACUUGUGCGAGUGAUCCCUUGUUUGAUAUCACGUUCUUUAUUCGUAAUAUUUUCCAUCGGCGAUCCCUUUCGACAUAGAGCCCGGAAGAAGUCAGGAAAAGUUAUCUGGACGAAUAUUCUUUAAAAAGAAGAAGAAGUAAACAUCUUUAUUUUUCACGACGGAAAUAUGACAACUACCGAAACAUGCAACAAAAAGUCGACGACCAAGUAUAUAAGCCGCAGAAAUGUCGUUCCUAUAAUCCACGUUCGAGGAACGCACUACGAUAUCGGUUUUGACAUUGGACGCACCUUCGCCAAAAUGAUACAGGAUUUCGUGGACAUUUAUCAACCGCUGAAUAAGAUCUAUCUGCCGCUAUUCGCGACCGAGGAAGGCAAGAAAGUUUAUAAUGAAACCCUUGAUGCCGUCAAAAAACAAUUCCCACAAUAUUUGAAGGAGAUCGAGGGAACGGCGGAUGGUGCGAAUGUGCCGUUUUACAAACUGUUUCUGAUGCAUCUGGACGACAUUCUUCCAAACGUUACUGACGUGCAAGGAAAUGCACUUCCAGUCGGUUGUACAUCCAUCAUGUGCAACCAGUCAGGACAUGAGAUCUUGGGUCACAAUGAGGAUGCCGUCAGUGAAACUUUGAAUCACUGGUACCUCGUGAGUGCUCAUGUUAUUGAGACGGGUUACAGAGAAGAAAAGUUCACGUCGUUAAGCUACGCCGGUUUCCUGCCGGGUUAUACGAUGGGCUAUAAUCACCAUGGCCUCGUUUACAGCAUCAACACCCUCAGUGCUGCGGUCCUGCGAUCUGGCAAGACUCCACGAUAUUUUCUGACACGAGCACUUCUGGGCGUGGAGAACUUCGUGCAGGCGCAGCAGACGCUGAAAAACGAGGGUUACGGCGCGGCGGAGGGCUUCUCGGUGAACAUGACGUUCCUCGCGCAGGAGGGCAACCGGAUAUUUCACAAUGCCGAGGUGGGCCCAGCCGAGGCGGGCGCCAACCGGUCGCAACUCAACAUCCUGACCGUCAGUCCGGGCGAGAAUACGUCCCAUUGCAACAAAUACCUACGUUUAAAGGUAGAGGAAGUGAAGGGAAAUAUCAUACAGAGCAGUAUCAGGAGAAUGAAGACGAUUUCAAAACAUCCGCCGAUGGAGUGUCGUCAGGAUGUGAUCAAUGUACUUAGCGAUCAGACGGGCGAAGAUUACAGGAUCUACCAAGAUUUUGGCAGAGAUGAUGAGAUUAAAACGAUUGCUACUGGUAUAUUUGAUUGUAUCAAGCGUACAUGGUCCAUUUAUACGGACAUUCCACAGAUUAACGAGCCAAUACUGGUAAUACCUAUGCAACUCCGAGACUUCACGACUCCGCAAUCAAAGAAAUAAUAUCUUUGUUUCGCAUGAAUGGCGAAAAUCGCAUAGAGCAUUCGCAUUUGUUGUAUUGACUUUAUGAUUGCAUGUAAUAUUAAUAAUUUUAGCUAAAAUAACAUUUGUCAAAUAAAACGUAAAAAAUAUUAAUAUUAUCUCUCUAUAGAGAACAUCGAGCAAAGAGAGACAUCGUAUUUGAGAUUGAAAAAUUAACGACAUUAAAAAAUCUAUAAAGUAUUAAUAUGCAAAGAAAAGAUUGUUAUCUU